AAGUCUCAGCGGUCGACCAGAAAUCGAACGUAUAUAAGGGACUCGAGAGGUGUGAAGUGCUGAAGGGGCGAUUUGAUUGUUCUGUUGAUUUUGAUUUGGAAUCCGUAUUUUCUCGGCGGGAAGACAGAAAGAGAGAGAGAUGGCCGGCGACGGUGUGAAGUGGGAGGGGUUGCUCAGAUGGAGCCUCUCACAAGCCGACGGAACUGAACCGAAGAGGGUUCUCAGCGAUGAGGAACGGAGGUGGUUCAUGGAAGCCAUGACGGCUAACUCGGUGGAUGUUAUCAAGAGAAUGAAGGAGAUCACGGAAGUGAUGAAGACUCCGCAGGAUGUUUUGGAGGCUCAUGGCGUCACCACUGCAGAUAUUGAAGGCAUGCUUGAAGAACUGCAAGAACAUGUGGAGUCCAUUGAUAUGGCCAAUGAUUUGCACUCUAUCGGCGGUUUACUUCCUCUACUUGGAUACCUGAGGAACUACAAUGCCGGCAUCCGAGCUAAAGCUGCGGAAGUAGUAACCACCAUCGUACAGAACAAUCCCAAGAGCCAGCAACUCGUAAUGGAGGCAAGCGGAUUGGAUCCUCUGUUAUCUAAUCUUUCUUCUGAUCCUGAUGUAACAGUUCGUUCUAAAGCUCUUGGAGCAAUAUCUUCUCUGAUUCGAAACAACAAAACUGGAGUGAAUGCAUUUAAAUUGGCUAAUGGUUAUGCAGCACUUAGAGACGCCCUGAGAUCAAAUGAUGCCAGAUUUCAGAGGAAGGCUCUCAACCUGCUCCAGUAUCUUCUUCAAGAAAACACAUCUGACUACAGCACUGCUAUGGAGCUUGGCUUUCCAAGGCUCAUGGUGCACCUGGCUUCAAGUGAUGAUUCUGGCGUGCGAGAGGCUGCACUUGGUGCCCUUUUGGAGCUUGCUCGGGGGUCGACCUCGGAAGGUUCCAGCUCGUUUGACAAAGAAGAUAAGCUGAAGCAGAUCCUCCAAAACCGUAUAGACGGCAUCAGCUCUAUGGAAGCUGAGGACUUGGGUGCUUCCAGAGAGGAGAGGCAGCUGUUGGAUUCUCUAUGGAGCGCAUGCUAUAACGAACCAUCCUCACUCCGGGAAAAGGGUCUUGUAGUUCUUCCCGAAGAGGAAAAUCCACAGCAGCCACCUGAUGUUGCUGGAAAGUUCUUUGAGCCACCACUGCGGGCAUGGGCUGCAAAUAAUCCGACUCGGCCGCCCGUUCCAGCAGUUGCAGAGAAGAAGAAUGAGAGCCCGUUGCUACUUGGCCCUGGGCCUUCAGAAUUGUGAAGCUCUGUGGUUGUUGACACAAGUGUGUUUUGAGACCACUCUCGGUAGGAAUAGGUUUCAUAUGUUUAGAGCUUUGUAAGUUAGUUUUUAUGGAUGUUUUCUUUGUGACGCCUAUAAUGCUUCAUGAAAAGCUUGUUCUACCUGUUCCUUCCUCCGUUCAAGACAUUCGAGCUUUGUUU